CCUGGAUUCCUGAACAAUUACAACCUUCGCUGCUCUCUCGCCGUCUCCCUUCUCUCCAUCCUCCAUCUUUUCUUAUCCAGAACCCUCAACUACCAAGCGUCGUUGACCUGCUUCCAUCAUGGUGGGCCUCGGACCAAGAAAGCCUCCGUCCCGGAAGGGUUCCAUGGCCGAUGUGCCAAGGGAUUUGAUGCAGGAGAUCAAGAGGCUGGAGGAGUUAUUCACCGUUGAUGCUGCUAAGCUGAAAGCGGUCACGAAGCAUUUCGUUUCUGAACUUGAGAAAGGUCUCAGCGUUGAGGGCGGUAGCAUUCCAAUGAACCCGACUUGGUGCAUGUCCUUCCCAACAGGUUAUGAGACUGGUACUUUUCUAGCUUUGGAUAUGGGUGGAACCAACUUGCGAGUUUGCGAGAUCAUUCUGACCGACGAGAAGUCAGAGUUCGAUAUCAUUCAAUCUAAAUACCGAAUGCCGGAGGAACUCAAAACUGGCGAUGCUGAUGAACUCUGGGAGUACAUUGCCGACUGUCUUCAACAAUUCAUCGAAACUCACCACUCAGGUGAGAAACUCGACAAGUUGCCCCUCGGUUUCACCUUCUCCUAUCCCGCAACUCAAGAUUACAUAGACCAUGGUAUCCUCCAGCGAUGGACUAAGGGAUUUGACAUUGAUGGUGUUGAGGGGCAGAAUGUGGUUCCUAUGUUUGAGGCUGCUCUUGCCAAGAGAGGAGUUCCUAUCAAGCUUACCGCCUUGAUUAACGAUACCACUGGUACCUUGAUCGCAUCUGCAUACACGGAUACCGCCAUGAAGAUUGGCUGUAUCUUUGGAACAGGAUGCAAUGCUGCUUAUAUGGAAGAUUGCGGAUCGAUCCCCAAGUUGGCCCACAUGAAUCUUCCUCCUGACAUGCCAAUGGCCAUUAACUGCGAAUGGGGUGCUUUUGAUAACGAACACAAGAUCUUACCACGAACCCCUUAUGAUAUCAUCAUUGACAAAGACUCUCCACGUCCAGGUCAGCAGGCAUUCGAGAAGAUGAUUGCCGGUCUCUAUCUUGGUGAGAUCUUCAGAUUGGUUCUUGUUGAUUUGCACGACAACAAGGAGGUCCACAUCUUCGAGGGUCAGAAUAUCGAUAAGCUCAGAAAGGGUUAUACCUUGGACUCAUCCUUCUUGUCUUUGAUCGAAGAGGAUCCAUUUGAGAACUUGUCCGAGACGAAAGACCUCUUCCAAAACAAGCUCGGCAUAACAACCACUCACCCCGAACUCGAGCUCAUCCGCCGCCUUGCGGAACUGAUUGGAACGCGUGCAGCUCGCCUCUCUUCCUGUGGUGUUGCAGCAAUUGCCUUAAAGAAAGGCUACAAGACCUGCCACGUUGGGGCUGACGGAUCAGUCUUCAACAAAUAUCCACACUUCAAGGCUCGCGGUGCGGUGGCUCUGCGUGAGAUUCUGGAUUGGCCUGCGAAGAAGAGCCCCAGGGAUCCGGACCCAAUCGAGAUCUUGCCUGCUGAGGAUGGUUCUGGUGUUGGUGCUGCACUCAUUGCCGCAUUGACGUUGAAGAGAGUCAAGGAGGGCAACUUGGCUGGUAUUCAACACCCCGAAAACUUCAAGUAA